AGUAAGGUUUAUCGCCUGAGGAAUCUCACAAUUGGUGAUGGCGCUGAAUUUGAGAUAGCUAAAGGAAGUGAUGGAACACGGGUUUUUCUUGGACUGAGAGAUGACGGUACUGAGGUAGCUGUCAAACGAAUGUUAAAGUCCAAUUAUCAAGACCUCAAAAAUGAAGAGGAAUUUCUACGGCUUCCUGAGCUUGACAAUCCUUGUAUUGUGCGAUAUGUGGACUUUGCAGAAGAUGACAAAUUUGGGUAUCUUGUCCUUCAACUUUGUGAAUACACACUGGAGGAGUACAUCCAAAACCAUUUGCCAGAAGACCGUUCUCUGCAGCUACAGGUCCUGAAGAAAAUUGUCAAAGAAGUACUCCGUAGCCUAAAAGUUCUUCAUAGCCAAGAUACCAGCGUGCUUCAUCGAGACAUCAAACCUCAAAAUGUUCUGAUUGAUAUAACUGGAAAGGCGAGAUUAGCUGAUUUUGGCAUAAGUCGAAGACUGAAGUUGGGGGAGACGACUUGCCGCACUAAUACUGCUGGGACAAGGUGCUGGAAAGCCAGUGAAACUGUUGAUGAGGACAGUAACCGUGGCUACAAGAGGAGUUCUGACAUUCAGGUUGCGGGAAUGUUGGUGUAUUACAUCCUCUCCAUUGGACAUCAUCCGUUUGGCAAAGGUGUCCGGUGUGAGGCUAAUAUUCUUGAUGGGAAGUACUCUUUGGAACACCUGGAGGAUGAAAUGGCAAAGGACUUGGUGGAGUGGAUGAUCAGUCAUGAUCCAAAGGACAGACCUAAAGUAGAGGAGACUCUUUGCCACCCAUUCUUUUGGACAGAUGGAUGGAAAGUGGAGUACUUAAAAAGGCUGGGGAAUGAAAAGGAUGUGGAGAACUGCCGCAAUGCUGAGCCAGACCUCCUUUCUGCUAUAGAGGAAAUUACAGCAGGGAAAAGCUUCUCAGACUGGAAAACAAAACCAAUUUUGUUCUGUCUGAAUAGUUCUGAAGAUGCCGCAAAGUUAAAUCUGAUGACGUCAUUCCCUGACCUUUUUGGAAAUGCUUUCAAGUUGGCCAAAAAGAGAGGAUGGCACACCAGACCAAGUCUGAGAGAAUGGCUUCGCUCAGUACCAGAGAUUUAA